CGGUAUAGCGUUGCCAGACUUCGUUUGCCAUUCACAUCUGCGCAUUUGUUGUCAUUGGCUUGCUAUGUUGUUGUUUAAAUUUUAAAAUUGCAAACAUUUGGGAAAUAACAAAUAAAACUCGGAAAUGAAUAGCAUGGCCAAAUCGCCCGACGUGCGUAUUCCCGGCUUCUGCACGCCCUUGCGCUCCAAGGAGUUGCUGGAGAGGCAGAGAUCCUUAAGGUGUACCCCUAAGAAAGACUAUCUUACCCCACAAAACUUACAAAGAAGCAAACCCCCGAAAUCGGGGAGUGCCAGCAUACCCUCUAUAUUGAUUACCGAUGGGGAUACGGGCUUGGAGCGCCCUAGCCAAUUGCUACAGCGUCUGGAGAGGUCCCUCAAUCGAUCUUCCUCUGCCUCCAGGAUACCAUCGAAAAAUGCGUUUUUAUCAACCCAAAGCAGGCAACUUACUUGGGAGAGACCAAAAACACUAGAAUUUCCUUUAAUUAGGCCGUCAAGGAAAGCCAUAACAUUCUCGGAACCUCGUCCUUUGCACUCUAAGGAAGUCGUGGAGAAUCUAAUGUCUCUGCGUCAAGGAACUUCUGCCACUAAGACAACUUCCCAGAGCAACCUAAAAAACCCAGAUCUUCUUAAAACUCGAGAAAAGCGCUGCACAUUCAUACCUUCCUCGGAACCACAGCCCAUCCGCCCAAAAGUGAUCCUCGAGCGGGAGCGCCAAGAGGCAAUAACCAAUCGCUUAGCAUUAGCAUCGAUUGACCGUCCUAGAACAAAGCCGCCGACGACCAGCUUUUCAUCGAGCAAGCUGUUGGUGCCCCAAAUUGGAUUCUCGUACCCCAAGGAUCCCAAGAGCCUCCAUGCAUCUAGCAAAGCAACCAAGCUAACCAACUCAAAGCGAAAGUUGGAUUUCCACACUGAGCAGGGGAAGGAUUCGCUGCGGUGGAAGCUGGAUAAGAUGGCAAAGGAAUGGCAGAGAAAGACAGAGUACCAGCUACGUCAGCUUAUCUCGGAUUUUUUGAAACAACUGGUGCACCUUCUACCCUUUAAUGGGGUAAAAUUUUCCAAUCUUAGCAGGAAUUGUUAUGUGGAGCAGACAAUGGAGGCACUGCAGCAGCUACACUAUUCCAAAAAGGUGAACAAAAGCUGGCUGCGAACGCCUAACACGAAAGAAGCCAUGGGCCAAGUGCUGGAAAUACUCUAUUUCAUUGUUUCAGAAGAGCAGCCAAUACCAAAUACACAUAGAGAACAAAGGAUAUUAAAGGUGGAACAACCUUCAGUGGCAUCUAAUGAUAUGAUAGGCCUGCAGCAGAAGUUGAUUCAUCUUAAAAUUGAGAAGGAAGAGUUAACCAGCUGUCAAGGAACCCCCACAUCCAUCAAUGAUUUGGAUAAAAUAAUAGGUCGGGUUGCGGAUGGAGACUUUGCCAGACUAUUGGAUGCUCAUCAGGAACAACUGCACAACCUUCAGCUGCAUCGUCUGCGUCUUCAAGAGUUUUCCGAGCUGAUAACCCUCGCCAAGUUAAAAUUAAAACGCUGUUAUAAAGGAAAUAAGGAAAGCAUUGAAGCCUUCAAUGAACAAAUACGAGAUGUGACAGACUCAGUGGUUUUUAAAAAUACACAUAUCACAAGUGUAUCCCAAUUAUAUUUAACCCUAAAUCCUACCAAAGAGCAGAUCCAUGAGCGUGUGGAGGAACUGCAGCGGAUGUAUAAAGAUAAUUGCUUAAAUCUUCUGCAGUUAAAAAUAUAGUAGCCUCUAGGAAACCUUCGGGCAAAUUCAGUCACCUUCAUCAUUAAGUCUCUAAAGGUUCCAGUUAAUUUAAGCAAAUAUUUGCGUGUUACGCAAGCUGCUCACUGAGCCCACCGACUAAGCUCCUGGCUUAGUAAUUUCUUCCUGAAUUUCAAAGAUUUAUUUAAUUGAAUUUAUCAACUGGAAGUCUCGGCAAUGUCCUGGCCCGGAUUUAAGUUCGUGUAAUUGACAUUUAAAUGAGUCAUCGGCAGCUUGACUACACUUACUCAAAGGAAAUAGCUGAAAAGUUAAGCUGCUUAACUUUGAAUUACAUAAAUAAUUUAAUUUCGCAAAGCUUUAUUAUUGCUACUGUGCUGUGUAAAUAUUCCUUCUUUCUUGUAAGCUGUUACAAGUAAUUCUUAUAUUAUUUUUCGUUUAAUGGGAAAAUUUUUGUAACUUAAAAUAUUACUUCUGCACUUUCGUACUUAAAUACAACCAUCAAAUAAGCAGAAAAAAAUACCUUAAAAAUAAAAAUUAGGUACACUAA